AUGUCUGUUUCUGAUUCUAAAGUUGUCUCAACAGGGCCUCUGGUAAGAAUCACAUACACAGAUCCAAAGAACGUCACCAGAACAUGGGAAUCAGCUGAGCGCCGCACUCGUCCCAAGGACGCAGACAUUGACGGUGUCGGCAUCGUCGCCAUCCUCGACAAGCCUACCGGCCAGGAAAUUAUCCUCCAGAAGCAGUACCGUCCUCCUAUUGACACGGUCGCAAUCGAGGUUCCCGCAGGCCUCAUCGACGAAGGCGAGACGGUUGAGCAAUGCGCUGUGCGUGAGCUUAGAGAAGAGACUGGCUACGUUGGAGAGGUUACGGAGACGUCGCCUAUGAUGUUCAAUGAUCCUGGCUUUUGCAACACCAACCUUCGCAUGGUUCACGUGAGCAUCGACAUGUCGCUUCCUGAGAAUCAGAAUCUCAAGCCCGAGCUUGAAGAGAACGAGUUUAUCGAAGUGUUUACCGUCAAGUUGGCCGAUCUAUGGGACGAGUGCAAGAAGCUCGAGGCAGAGGGUUACGCCAUCGACGCCCGCGUGGGAACUCUGGCCGAGGGGGUCCUCCUAGCUCAACGAUUCAAGCUAUAA